UUCACGCCUUUGGACCCCACUUUUUUUUCUUUCUUUUUUUUUUUGGACAAUGUCCCGCCUGAGCGCUUUUGCCACGGUGGUGUCGCAAGUUUACAUGGUGGUCAUGUUGGUCUGCAGGGUUUCAGCGUCCAACGUGACAGAAGAAGCGUCCACGUGCCCGCUGGGAUAUUUCCCCUGUGGCAACCUGACCAAGUGUCUCCCACAAGUCUUGCACUGCAACGGCGCCGACGACUGCGGCAACCAAGCGGACGAGGAGAACUGUGGAGACAACAACGGGUGGCCUCACCUCCUGGACAAAUACUUUGGGAUACCGAGCCACAACACGGGGACAAAGUCCAACGUGUGCUUGCUGGGCAGUAUCCCCGAGCCGUGCCAGUGUCUGGACCUGGAGCUGGACUGUGAAGGGGCGCAGUUCCACGACGUCCCAGCGGUGGCCGUCAACGUCACCAUGAUGUCCUUGCAGAGGAAUCAUCUCCAGCGACUGAAAACAGACGCUUUCUUCAUGUACCAGAGUCUGCAAAAACUAUACCUGCAGCACAACAGGAUUGCAGAAGUGAGUCCAGGUGCAUUCAGAGGACUGUAUAAUCUCACAAGGCUAUAUUUGAACCACAACAAGAUUUCCCUGCUGAAGCCCGGUGUGUUCAGGGACCUGCACAAGCUGGAGUGGUUGAUCUUAGAGAACAACAACAUCCAUCAAGUCUCCUCCAAGGCCUUUUCUGGCCUCAACUCGCUGGUCUUGUUGGCUUUGUUGAACAACUCUUUGACGAGGCUGGAAGACGUCUGUCAAGAAAUGCCCAGGCUGAACUGGCUGGACAUGGAGGGGAAUCUUAUCGAGAGGCUUGACGACGCCUCUUUCUACUCGUGCAGCAUGCUGACAGUUCUGGUUCUGCAGCGCAACAAGAUCAGUCACAUUCAAGAGCAAGCCUUCGCCGUCCUCCAAAAGCUUGGAGAGCUAGAUCUUUCCAGCAACAGACUGAUGAAGAUUCCUCCUAAUCUUUUUGUCCUGCUGGGGGAUUUGCUUCAACUAAACAUUUCCUACAAUCCCAUUGUGGAGCUUCAAGUGGAUCACUUUGACAAACUGCACAGGCUGAAGUCAUUGAGCAUAGAGGGCAUCGAAAUCGGGAACAUCCAACGCCGCAUGUUUGAGCCUCUGAAACAUCUGACUCACAUCUACUUCAAGAAGUUCCAGUACUGCGGGUACGCGCCGCACGUGCGCAGCUGCAAGCCCAACACGGACGGCAUCUCCUCCUUCGAGGACCUGCUGGCCAACAUCGUGCUGAGGGUCUUCGUCUGGGUGGUCUCGGCCACCACCUGCCUGGGCAACGUCUUCGUCAUCUGCAUGCGCUCGUACAUCCGCUCGGAGAACAAGCUGCACGCCAUGUGCAUCAUCUCCCUCUGCUGUGCAGACGGGCUGAUGGGAAUCUACCUCUUCAUGAUCGGCGCGUACGACCUAAAGUUCCGCGGCGAGUACAACCGCCACGCCCAGGCCUGGAUGGACAGCAGUCAGUGUCAGGUGAUCGGCUCCCUGGCCAUGCUGUCCACAGAGGUGUCGGUCCUGCUGCUCACCUACCUCACGUUGGAGAAGUACAUCUGCAUCGUCUACCCUUUCCGAUACUUGACGCCGGGUUGGCGGCGCACGGUCACCAUCCUGCUGGGGAUUUGGGUGUUCGGGUUCGUGGUGGCCUUCUUGCCGCUGGUGAGCAAGGGGCUGUUUCGAAACUUCUACGGGACCAACGGCGUUUGCUUCCCGCUGCACUCGGAGCAGCCCGAGACGGCGUGGGCUCACGUCUACUCCAUCGUCAUUUUCCUGGGCCUGAACCUGGUGGCCUUCUUGAUCAUCGUCCUCUCCUAUGCAAGCAUGUUCUACAACAUACAGCGAACGGGCAACCAGACCGCCAUGUACAGCAACCACAUCAAGAAGGAGGUGACCAUCGCCAAGCGCUUCUUCUCCAUUGUCAUCACCGACUCCCUCUGCUGGAUCCCCAUCUUCGUGCUCAAGAUUCUGUCGCUGCUGCAGGUGGAAAUUCCCGGUACCAUUAGCUCGUGGGUGGUGGUGUUUAUCCUCCCCAUCAACAGCGCCCUCAACCCCAUCCUCUACACGCUGACCACGCGUCCCUUUAAAGAGACGCUCAUGCAGGUCUGGGCCAACUACAGGCAGAGGAGGCCGGCGGUCAGCACGCAUCCCGUCCAUCAUCCCUCGCUCACCUGGCAGGAGAUGUGGCCGCUGCAGGACGCCCACCCCGUCCCCGCCGCCGCGGCCGGGCGCCAGGACGCCACGCUGCCCCCUGUGGAAAAUAACCGCAAUGACACGGGAGUAUGUGGGCCGCGUGAGACCGGCGACGUGUCGCUUCGCGCCGAAGCCCAGUGAACAUGUGACACGGGUGAGUGAGGAACCGUAGGAACGCCGUCUGCUGGAUCGGGCGGGUCACCGCCUCGCUUGGUCCUGACGCCAGCAGACUGUAACGGCGGGCAAAUGGGACGAAAACUCCCGGACCAAAAAAAAUCCAACAAAUGUCAAAAUCGAAUGUCUUCUUCCUGGCGAUGUUAGGCGGGGAUUUAUUGAAGUACCUCAAAACCUGCCUUGGCGGAGGUCAUCCAUGGCUAACAGCUGGAGCCACAGAAGCUCCGGCAUGGAAAGGGCAACUGCACUUUUUUGGAAUGUUCUCUAUCAUCAUUCACAAUCUUCACGUGAGAGAAGCACUCACGCCUUUUCCUUUUUUUAACGCAUGCUAACUCGUGGAUAAACGUUAGCACGAGUCGGCCGACAACGGAGCUGACGUAUUCAUGUCACAGACACCUCCGCGUUUUGUGUUAGAUGUAAAUAGAAACA